AAAGUAGGAGCAGAAGAUGUUUAGUGCUGUUAGAUCUCCUACCAGAUCCCUUUACGUCAGAUGGUGCUCAUCCUACAUCAAACAGACACGCUUCCUGUUUGAAUUAAAAGAAAAUGAUGACAUUUGUCGCCAGGCACUAAAAUCAGGAUCAUUUUAUCUGUUCCACAAGCUUUCACCCCUUGUACGGAAGUCCGACAGUAGUUAUUGUGUACCACUUAUAAGCUCUUCAGAGUUACUGAACACCCUCAGCCAGCAUGGAAAAUGCAAGUUGACUUUGGAAGACUCAGUUCUUGUUGGCUGCUCAGAUUCAUGCACUGCAGAAUUUGCACUGGACCUAGGGUCCCUGGAACAAUCUAACCUGGAGAAUGAAUUAUCAGGAAAGUUCACAGAUUUCCGCAAAGCUAUUGUGAAAAUAGAUGGAAAAGAUGGAUCUAUGCUGUCUCGGGGACAGGCUCUUCUCCGCUGGCAUGAAAAUAAUCAAUACUGCAGCAAAUCAGGAAAACCCACCCAGAAGAAUGUGUCUGGCAGUAAGCGAGUGUGCAGUUCUAAUGGAAUGAUCUAUUACCCCCAGAUGUCUCCAGUGAUCAUCACACUGGUGUCUUGUGGAAACCGUUGCUUGCUUGCUCACCAGGAGACCUUCCCCCCUGGGAUGUACACAGCUCUGGCAGGCUUCUGUGAAAUUGGUGAGACACUGGAGGAGACAAUUCGGAGAGAGGUAGCAGAAGAAGUUGGGUUAGAAGUAGACACUCUCCGAUAUUCUGCAUCUCAGCACUGGCCUUUCCCUAACAGUUCUCUGAUGGUAGCAUGUCAGGCUACAGCCAAAGAUGACAAGCUCAAUAUCAACAGAGAAGAGUUGCAAGAUGCCAGAUGGUUCAGCUUGGAUGAGGUGAUCGAAGCUCUGCAAGUAAACAUGCUGCCACCAAAAAUGGCCGAUGGCACCAUACCAGUAUGGGUACCACCGAGGUUUGCCAUUGCUCAUCAUCUAAUCCAGGAGUGGGUACAAGAGCAGAAGACACAAUUGAAAGUAAAGUAAAAUACUGAGGACAAUCAAAAAUCGGUGCUCCACUUAUACU